UGAAAAUUUUAAUUUAGGUGAGAAAACGCAUAGUUUAUUUAAAAUCCUUUCAGCACGAAAUAAUUCUCAUAAACUUCAGUCAAAAAUAAUCUCUGAUGUAUAUAAAAAUUCUGAAGAAAUUUUGCGUAAUGGCGUCGUACAUUCCAGCGAAUACUCCACUAUCAGCGCUACAGGUUCCAAUAAAUAUUCCCUAGUUACCGAAACGGGAAUUAAUGACCAGAAAGAUGAAAAUUAUCGAUUAAAAACGAUUUCCAGUCGUGAACAACGCAAACAAAUUCAUGUUUGGAAACAUUCAGUCUCCGACGUGCGGUAUGCGAUCUCAACAAUUGGAGAGCCUCUCAUAAUUCUACCACCUUCGAGAAAAAACUUUACUGCCAAAAUACAGGACGUCAGCAACUAUUCAUGGAAUCCAGAGAAUCUGAUGAACAAAAUUUCCAAACCUGGCACUAGAUGCCGUAGACUUUUGAGGAUGGGAGGAAGCUUGAGCUGUGGUGCCAUGGAUGGUCAUAAAUUCGUAUGCUUUGACCCAGACGUCGCGCCGAAGCCAUACAUUAUUGCAAAUAAAAUAAUUCUUGAAAGCUUUACAAUAAAUGAAUCGGCGCCCGCCGUGGCGUUGACAAAACCAAUGAGCGACAGCGAAGAGGUUUUCUGGGAAAUCUACAGCCAAAAUUUUGAUACUGAACACAAAAAAGAAGAUUAUCCCAUGUUUAGAAUCACAAGUCCCGAAUUUAAUAUCGAAAAUUUGCAAAACACAAGUAAUCAGCAACACCUAAAUAAAACAAGCAGGACUAAAAAUGACCGAAUACCAAAUAAGGAACCCAAAUUUGAUACCCUUUUUAAAAAACCACCGAAAACGAAUAUAAAUUAUACUCGUAAUUCCUAUAUACAUUUUCUUCCUUCACGCCCGAUGGAUAAAUUAUGCAAUGUUUACUCGUUCGGUAUUGGAUCAGACACAACAUUCGAUUACGCCUUGCAACAUUUCGGCUGUAAAGUUUUCUCCUUCGACAUGACCAUCGUGAACAGCACCAACACUCACGUCACUCCCAGCUGGAAUUUCCUCACUUUAGGAAUAAGCAACGAGUCUGUGGUGUUAGACAUGACUAUGCGACCAUCGGGGAACACCAUCGUUGCUACCCUGAGGACCUUGGAAGAAAUCCAAGAAAUUUUCGACAGAAGCGAUUCAACGAUCGACAUCCUGAAACUGGACGUUGAGGAUAACGAAUGGAAGAUAUUUGACCAACUACUUCAGCAUGAGGAAGGACGGCGACUUCUGUCUCGUGUGAACCAGAUGCAGUUAGAGAUUCACCUCGAGAAACUGCUCAAUGACACAGAGUCUGUAAGGGUCCAGGCUGGUCAAUAUUAUGAGUCUGUUCUGGACAGCCUCCACGGGCUGGGUUUCCGUCUCGUACACACUUUCCUCAACCAAUUCUCCCAGAAAUACGUUGACAUUCGGGGCCACGUCAUCCCUAUCUAUCGAGAAUCGCUCUACAUUCGACGGCCGUAAUCUACAUAACUUAGGUCAUAAUUUCUUCAUAAUUAUUUAUUUGAAAGUCAUAUAAAGCUAGAGUGUGCACUUCGUAAUUUAUGCAUUGAAUGCAUCCAUUUUGAUGAUAAAUGUGUGACUCACAAACGCGUCAGCGUAAUAAUAAGUGUGUCUACUUUCCGUGAAUGACACUAUCCUGAUCUCUAACUGUAUUAACAGUAGGACUUUCAUUUCGUAUGGUUAUCGGUGUUUAUUCCCAUUUAAAUAAAGAGUUUUUUUAUUGAUUUAAAAUCUUCAUGGAACGUUCAACGAAGAUUUUGUUCAUUUUACAGUUUGGAUGAUAAUGCUCACUGGAGUUCUAGGCGUGAGGAUCUAUGUAAAGGAUCUAUUUAGUUUUUAUUUCAGGAUUUGUUUGAAAAAUGACAAGCUAGUGGAAAUACUUUGACGAUUUAUUGCGUCAAUAUUUCAAAGAACUGAAGACAUCUUCAAGUAGCUAGGUCGCUGUUUUUCUAUUGAAAGGAGGUUAAUUAAUGUUCUUUACGACUCAAAAGUUCUAAUUAGCCUUCAUACAUAUAAAGAGCAUUUUAUUCUGAUUUACAAGAUUAUAUUCACGAGUUAACCUGAUUUAUUUUUCCCAUAAUAAUAGUUCUAUGUUUACCCUCCUUGCUUUCAGCAGUGUGUCAUAUGGGCUGGGCUUUUGAACAUAACAAAAAUAUCCAGAUUCGUCUAGUUUAAACGGAAAGUUCGACUCGUGUGUGAUUAAAAAUUAUGUAUUAAAAAAGCUUCGAUAUUACUUUGUCCUAACUUCACUCAAAAUUGUUCACCAGUUAGAAUGUGACUUUUCUACUAUUCAGUACAAGUAUUUGAGCCUUUUGCUAAUCUGUUAUGUUCAAAUUAUGCUAUUUACAAUUCUUGACACAUAUUAUUCACACAAUCCUCAUGAACUGGGAAAAACUUCCCUGUUAUCAAACGAAGCACGAAGCACUAAAUGAAAUUGUGAAAUAACCAACAACCAAACUAUUGUUGGAAAGUUGUAAUUUCAUCAUCAAAUCAAAGAAUUAAUGCACGAAACACCGUAAUUUGAUGGAUUAUAUGAUUUCUAUAUCGGUUUAUCGUUCUCUCCAGCGUCUCGCUAACACUACUUAUGAUUAAUAUUUCGUAACCCUUCGCCAUCAUCAACAUUUAUUAUAUCCCAUUUAUAUGUACGGAUUCACUUUCGUGUACACGGAAACUAGAAAAUGAAUAUUGACCAUCAUUUAUCUAGCAUACUAUUAGUUAGCUAACAAUGCUGUUGAUUUACAGAGUGUGAGACGAUGAUGUGCCGCUCUGGCCAAAAUGUCCACAGAUAUGUUUUUCUGAUUUGAAAACUUGAUAAAAGAUUAGGCUGCAGUUUUUGGUGAACUCAACACAAGUAUGACAUCGAUGCAUCGUUAUUUUAUAUAUUUCAAGCAAUGUUAAAAUAUCCCAUUGUGCAAAUAAAAUAUUA